AUGCCUCAGCAGGUCACCGACAUCAAGAAGUUCCUUGAGAUCGCGCGCCGCAAGGACGCCGUCGCGGCCCGCAUCAAGAAGACCACUGUUCACGCCACCGCCGCGUCGAACAAGGGCAAGGCCGCCAAGGCCCACCAGGUCACCAAGUUCAAGAUCCGUUGCUCGCGUUACCUCUACACCCUUGUCCUCCACGACGCUGAGAAGGCUGAGAAGCUCACCCAGUCGCUCCCCCCCGGACUCAAGGUUGAGCAGGUCGGCAAGGUCGCCCCCAAGAAGAAGUAA